AUGAAGAAAAGAAAUAUCAAAGUGGAAAGAACUCGCGGCGGUGACAUUCGUUAUUCCAGCAAUUUGCCAGAAUAUUGUAACUGGCAUUUGCCAGUUAUUCCGUCAUCUACGCAAAGUGAUCGAUGUCAAUUACAUUCCAUUGACGCUUGGCACGCACGUGAACGUGGUUUAAUUCCAAAAAGUUUAAAUCAAGAAUCAGCGUCCAUUAUCGAGUGGCAACUAUCAGAACGAAGGCCUAUUAUUGGCGCUAAUUGUCCAAAACAUAGGAAUUAUUAUACAGUUAUGUCAUCACAACAAUCAUCGGCACCACAGGUUAUUACUAGUAAAAAUUUACCAGCAAAUGGUAUGAUACCAAUGGGUAGUGGUACUUCUUAUACAGGACCAUCAACAAACCAAAUGGGUACCACGCUAAAAACACCUCUACAAUCAGGUGCAAUAGCAUCCUAUCAAGAAGAAGAAGGAAUUGAUUGCUCACCUUGUUGCAGUAACGAUGUUUUCAGGCGGACAUUCCGAAAUAUUGUUUAUGGACAAAUUUUGUCAUUAUGUUUAUGUGGUACAGGCGUUGGUAGUCAGUUACUCAGUAAUAGAGGAGUAAAUACUCCCACAGCUCAAAGUUUUCUUAACUAUUUCCUAUUAUCAUCAAUUUAUGGGACAGCGCUAGUAUUUCGAAAAGGCGAGAAUGCAUUUUUACCAGUGCUCAGGGAACGUGGAUGGCGCUAUUUGCUGUUAGCUAUUGUGGAUGUUGAAGCUAACUAUAUCAUUGUUUAUGCUUAUCAGUUUACUAAUUUGACUAGUGUACAGUUGCUGGAUUGCUCAACGAUACCGAUGGUAUUACUAUUAUCGUGGUUAUUCCUUUCUACACGCUACCUCUUGACACAUAUAAUUGGUGUUGGAAUAUGUCUUGUCGGAAUUACCGUUCUUAUUUGGGCUGAUGCUUUGGAAGGAAAGGGUACUUCUGGUGAUUCUAAUCGAGUAUUAGGUGAUGUAUUAUGUUUGAUUGGUUCAGUUCUAUAUGCAAUUGGUAAUGUUAGUGAGGAAUUUUUGGUGAAACAAAAUAGUCGAAUUGAAUAUCUUGGUAUGGUUGGCUUAUUUGGCUCAAUCAUCUCUGGUAUACAACUCGCUACUUUAGAGCAUCGUCAAUUAGCAUCAAUUAAUUGGUCAGGAAUGAUCAUAAUAUACUACCUUUUAUUUGCUGCAUGUAUGUUUCUAUUCUAUUCAAUGGUCAGUGUAGUUGUACAAAAGUCUUCCGCUCUUAUGUUCAACUUAUCAAUACUUACUGCCGAUUUUUAUACUCUUGUUUUUGGCUUAUUCAUGUUUAAAUAUGAAUUUCAUCCGUUAUAUUUCUUAUCAUUUGCCCUAGUAAUUAUCGGUUCUCUAAUAUAUUCAAUCCGAGAAACGGAAAGGCGUGAUCCGGAUGAACCACGUAAUAUAUGCUGCUUAUUAUGUCAUUGCUGUACAAAUAAUAAUAGACAAUCAUUACAAAUUCCUCAACAAUCUUUUAAUCGGAUUUCGUCGAUGCAACCAAGAAGCGGAAUUGGAAUAACGAAUAUUCCGGUAUGCGGUGGGACAACUGCAUAUCCGAGAACUACAAAUAUUAGACAUUGUCCAGUACAUGGUCGACAAAUUCCCAUUUUACAACAACAACAACAGAUUAGUACAGUGGAAACAUAUGCAUAA